UGUGCUUUUUGCCAAACUCACAGUGCACGCCUCAGGUAGAACUCAAUAGAACUGGACUACUAUUAUUUGUUUUGGUGUCAUUGUAAUGAUAAACCUAAAGUUAUUAAUUAGGUUAUGUAUUAAAAUAAUAUUGCAAAAAUGACCGAUCACAAAGUUCUAAUUGGUUUAGCUGAAACUGUAGCCUUAAGUAGCGACGAUGAAUCAAGUGGUUGGAGUGAUGUUUUCAAAAGUGAUGCCGAUACUUCAGAGAACGAUAGCGAAGAAUAUGACGACGACAAACUAUUUUUCCCUCUGAUGCAAUAUUUAAUAAGGCUUCGUAAAAAGCGAGUGGAUGACUAUUUACAUAUUGUAGAUUCUUGGACAGACUUAGAAUUCAAAAAUCGCCUCGGAUUAUCUAAAAACACAUCAUACCAGCUUAUUGAUGAACUGCAAAGUUCCGGAUUUAUUGCAUCUCAUAAAUUCGGCUUAAAACCCUUGGAACCGAAACUAUGCUUCUACAUAUUUUUGUCCUUCAUCUCAAGUACAGAAACAUUGAUACCAAUAGCAACACGAUUUGAUAUUUCAAUAUCUUCAACCUUUCGUGUUAUUAGAAGAGUUGUUGCUUGGCUAUUGACAAAAUUAAACGAUGUUAUUAAGUGGCCAAAGGACUUAAAUGAAAUGAAAUCAAUAUGUGAUGCAUUUGAAACUAAAACUAGGAUAUCAAACAUGUUAGGGGUUAUAGAUUGUAUGCAUGUUAAGAUAGAGAAACCUAAAAAUGCAACAGAGUAUUGCAAUUCAAAGGGAUAUUAUUCAAUUAUUUUACAAGCAACGAUAGACGCUAAUUUGAAAUUUACAAACAUAUACUGUGGGGAACCAGGUUCCAUGAAUUGUGCCCGUGUAUUGAAAAAAUCACCUUUGUACAAUACUGCCUGCCAGAAUGCAAGCGCAUUAUUUCCGCAAAAUACUUUUCUCAUCGGUCAUUCAGGAUAUCCAUUAUUGACAUGGAUAAUACCGCCUUUUCGGGAAAAUAAACGACUGACGUCUUCACAAAAGGAAUUCAAUGCAAUGCACUCGAAUGCUCGAAAACUUAGAGACAAAGCAUUUAAUGCAUUACGGGUACGCUUUAAACGAAUAAAAUAUUUUUCAGUUUAUAGAAAUAUUGCCUUUAUAACAGAUACUAUUGUAGCAGCUUGUAUUCUUCAUAACUAUUGUGUUAAUGAAAAUGAUCAAGUACCUGAUAAUGAACAGCAAAAUAUUGGAAGACUAUGA